AUGAUACAGUGGUGCAGCACGACAUUCCAAACACUGUCACGCAAUGAGCGCACAGAUCCAAUCUGGCGCACUAUAGUGCCUGAAGAGGCGCUCUCGCACCCAUUUCUUAUGCACGGCAUCCUAGCCCUAUCAUCGCUGCAUCUUGCUAGAACAGGGCCUGAGCCAGCGCGUCGCGCAUCGUAUCUCAAUCGCGCUGUCGCGCACCAGAAUCAAGCACUGGCGCUGUUCCGGGAACUACUGGGGGACGUGAAGGAGAGUAAUGCCAAGGCGAUGUUGGCUUUUGCAGGAAUUGUGGUUAUCUACACGUUUGCAUUCCCACAUACGCCGGAAGCGCAGGAUCCAUGGGACUGCGUCGAUGAUUUGUACCAGGUUCUUGUUUUGACCCGCGGCGUGCAACAGGUUAUUCAUGCGCCGCAAGAUUUUACGAGUUUCUUAGGAGACAGUUCUUUUGGUCCGAUUUUGCAGGUUGAGGAGGCUCGGGGUACGAUACCUGAGGAUACAACUGCCAUGCUCACACAACUGCGUGAGGCUAACAAAAUCUGCGGGGAGCGAGAUCCGAAUCAUGAGAUACAGGUCUACGAAGGGUCCAUUUCGAAUCUCGAGGAAAUGCUCAGUUGGUGUUACAGCGGGAUGAGGGCAAAUACGAUUGCCGGGAGGUGGGCAAUCCGCUUGCACCCUCGGUUUAUGGAGCUGCUACGCGAACGAGACCCCUUGGCGCUAGUGAUGCUAGCGCACUAUGUUGUGCUCUUGCAAUAUUUGAAGCAUCGCUGGUGCUUUGACGAGUGGUGUGUGAGGGUCUCCAAGGCUGUGUGGGCAAUACUGGAUGACCAGUGGAGGCCGCUGAUCCAGUGGGCAAUGAAAGAGAUUCUCGGUAUCAACUAUAUGGAGCAGGUUGACACUUGA